CGUGUCCACCGAUUCUUGCGAAAGGGUAACUAUGCAUCUCGAGUCGGUGCUGGUGCCCCAGUUUACAUGGCUGCCGUACUCGAGUACUUGACUGCUGAAAUCUUGGAGUUGGCUGGCAACGCUGCCCGUGACAACAAGAAGAGCAGAAUCAUCCCCCGUCAUCUUCAGCUUGCCAUCCGUAACGAUGAAGAGUUGAACCGUCUUCUCGGAAGUGUGACCAUCGCACAGGGAGGUGUACUACCAAACAUCCAGGCUGUACUUCUGCCAAAGAAGACCCAGGCCAAGUCCAAGUAAAUUUCUACAACCAUCUUCUCAAACCAAACGGCUCUUUUCAGAGCCACCAUAUGUAAAAAAGAAAUUUGACAGUCGUUAUCGUCUAUUUUAGUUACUGUUCAUCAUAUAUUAAAAUUGCUUGUGUUAAUGUAUAUAUCAUUAGAAUCAAUACAUUCAUGCCGGUUCCGAUCGGAUUUUUAUCAUAUUUAUGUUACGGUACACAUUUCCAUAACAGAGUACAGACACGCUAAGACAAUAACCCCUCCUUUGGGCAACCCCUAUUUAGGGUGGAAACUUUCCGUGGAACAAGGGGAAAUAUACCUUUAAUAACACUACGGUUAACACAUUAAGAGCACGGGGAAACCGUUGAACGCAAA